CUCCGGUUCUGUUUGACAAUGUCGCUCUCCUUCCAUUACUGUCUGCGUCGUCUGGAUUGCCAUCCUGGCAGUCCUCCUCUACAUUUCUCACCUUUUGCAGCACAGUAGAGUUUCUUCUAAGCCAUCGUUUUUAUCACCAAAGUAAACGUCUUCAUUGGAACAAAUUUUGCGUAUAGAAGUGUAAAUUCUUAUUUUUUUACGGUUUUCAUUAGGGAUUUGCAUUUUUUUACAUUUUUUAACAACAUUUCUCGUCAACCCAGUGCUUCCAGCGUUUGCUAAUCUUCUCUGGAUUUUAUUUCUUAUUUUCUUUUUUCAUUUUCCAUUUAUGAGUCGUAUUGACAGUCGUAAUUUAGCAAGAGAAUUCAGCAAAGCCGCUAAUUGUACACAAAAAGCUGCCUUAGCUUGGCUGAAGAGUUACGACUAUGACUAUCCACUGGCAUUGGCUUGCUGGCAGGAAGUGAAGGAGCAAGAAGUUCGGGAGAAAAAAUGCGACAAAUUAUUCGAUCAGUAUGCCUCAGCCGAGGACAAAUCUACCAUUGACUUGGACAACUCACUACAAUUAUUUGAAGAUCUUGGUCUGUCCUUGGAGGAUCCGGCGACUCUGCUUGUAUCAUACCUCUUCCAGUCCGAAAACAUGGGCGAGUUUCAUCGAGACGCUUUCGUAAAAAGCUGUCUUUCGCUGCAUGUAUGCAACAUGGAACAACUGAAAAGCAGAGUAAGCGAGAAGAAGGAAGAGUGGAGCUCAAAUGCUGAACUUGCUAAGGCCGUGUAUCGUUACACUUAUCCUCUCGCUUGUGAGAGGGGACAAAGAACACUCCCAACAAGCAUUGCCAUCGAAUUUCUUCAGCUUCUAUUGAAGGACUCUUUUCCACUACUCUCUGAAUUCGUCGCUUUUCUUGAACAGUCACCAGUUGCUAACAAGACGCUUCCCAAGGACACAUGGAACCAACUCUGGGAGUUUGCCGCGUUUGUUAGAUCAUGCCCGGACUGCUCUCAGUACGACUUUGAAGGUGCCUGGCCGGUACUCAUUGAUGAAUUUGUUACCUAUUUCAAAAACAAAUCGUGAAACAAUAAGUUAUCUACCAACAGAGUCUAAUGGUGACUACGAACUGCUAAAUCUCCUUAAUUAAUAUGAAACGCACUCAUCGUUGCGUGGAGAGGCUACCAACGGCUUAUAAAAGAAAAUUACAAUACUCUCUGCGCCUAGGCCUAUUCCAAUGGUAGCGAGGUUUAUACGAGAAUAAGACAAGCCACAGAGUACAAAAGGAAAUGUUGACAGAAGGAAAUAAUAAAAGAGAUAGGAACCGUAUGUCGCGAAUUCGGAACAUACAGCAAGGGGGGAAAAGAUCCGGAACAACUUUAGCCGCCACGCGAUAUUAUUGUUUGAAUAUUUCGUCGUAGUCGGGGGGUGGAGUACCAAUUAUGUCGUUAAAGUUUUCAAUGGAUGCUGCCGGUGACAAUGCAGGACUGGGUGUGUCGAUUAAUGUAGCCGUAAUUGGAUCAACGCAACGACAAGCUGCGGAAUUAUGAAAAUGGGGUUCGUACGCUGGCAGAACUGUAGAACUCUGACAACAACGACAGGACAUGAUUAUUAUAGGUGAAUCAAUAAAGAUUUUG